CCCAGGUUGGCGUCUGGUCUGCAACAAACUCAACUCUCGCACACGCUACCGAACUCGGCUCCUCCUGGUGGUAAUCUUCAGACCACCGGGCCCGGGAGUCAAACGUCAAAUUUGGUGAUGCCAGUGUUCCCGCUAGUACGACCAGCGCCUCAAACCAGCUCUUCUCACUACUCACCUUACUCACCGUCCAGGUUUCACAUCGACAAAAGAUGUCAGCAUAGGUGUUCGUGGAAAUGUCUGAGCAUCGGGUUGAUUUUACUCACUGUCGGAUUGUCUGCUAUGUUGGCGUACUUUGCUGCUGUGAGUUCUAUGAAGCCCAAUAUAGAUUCAUCGAAUUGCAUAUUAGUCCAAGACGUUAAAGAUGUAACCAGUGAUCAAGUUAUGAUGGGUUCCUCAACACAACCUUCUACGGAGGAAUCCCUACCGACCAGUACUGCAGAACAUUCCGCCAGCGCUACUACAGCGCACACGUCACUGCAGCAUCAGCAGCCGUCGCAACAGCAGCAGCAACAGCAGCAGGAGCAGCAGCCCUUGCAGAACCAAUGGUCUCCGUUGCCGCUGCUCGAGCAAACGGAACUGGACGUGCUCCACACCGCCACGAUUCCUCCCUAUCAAUUUUGGAACAGCGAAUUCCGCAACAAGCAGCCGGCGUUUAUUAAUUUCAAUUUCACGUUACCGUGGGGCGCCAAUUUCGCCGUGUACGGAAGGAGAAACGUUGCGCCUAGCGUCACGCAGUAUGAUUUCGUGGAGUUCGUCAAAGGGGGACGAGUGGAUCACCGGUUGAGGAGGAAGCGGGAUCUUAGCGCAGAUUAUUCCGAACAAGUGCCGCUACUCUCCGAACUAAAGCUAUCUUAUGACUACCGCAGCACGCAUAAAACGGAUGUUCUGGAUUCUAUUUCAUCAUCUUACGAAGGUACCAAGAAAAUUCUGGCCGAUUCCGAGCCCCGUGGGCCGUUUUACGUUCCGCAAAGCAUUAAAAUCGAUUUUGACGGCCAGCCUCGCCAAGGUCUCCGCAGAGGCGCGAGUACUGAUUUACCUCAUCCGACUCUGGACGUCGGGAUAGAAACGGACGAAAUGGAUCAUGUUAUUGCCAAGAGAGAAGCGGAAAUUGAGCCCAUGAUGGUCAACGUUAGCCUGAUGCAUUAUUUGGACACUGGAAGAUGGUUUUUGUCGGUUUACAAUGAUGAACUGCAACCGCACAGCGUGUCUCUGAUUAUCUCCGAGGCAGAAGGAGUUAGCACUACAUGCCCGAACGACUGUUCAGGACGCGGAUCCUGCUACCUGGGCAAAUGCGAUUGCAUCGACGGAUUCCAAGGGAUAGAUUGCUCGAAGAGUGUGUGUCCAGUGCUCUGCUCGGGGCACGGCCAAUACGGUGGAGGUCUUUGCCACUGCGAACAGGGCUGGAAAGGGCCAGAAUGCGAUAUCCCAGAGAGCGACUGUCGGAUUGCAGACUGUUCGGGUCACGGGCAAUGCGUACGAGGUUCCUGCCACUGCAAACCCGGAUGGAAAGGCGAGGGAUGCGAUGAAUCCGAUUGCGAAGAUCCGACGUGUUCGGAACACGGUGCCUGCGUUCACGGUCAGUGUUAUUGCAAAGCCGGCUGGAAGGGUGCACAUUGUGACAUUAUCGAUGAACAAGUUCACAAAUGUUUACCCACGUGCUCCGAUCACGGCAUGUACGAUUUGGAGACUGCAAAAUGCAUUUGUAACAGACAUUGGACUGGACCUGAUUGUUCUCAAGCGUUGUGUAACUUGGACUGCGGACCGCACGGUCAGUGCGACACGGGCAAAUGUCGGUGUGAACCUGGAUGGACUGGUUCGAGAUGCGAGCUGCUUCCUUGUGACGUAAGAUGCCAGGAACACGGCCAAUGCAGGAACGGGACCUGCGUGUGUUCGCAGGGCUGGAACGGGCGCCACUGCACGCUACCUGGAUGCGAAAAUGGUUGCUCGGGUCACGGACAAUGCACUCUUGAAGAAGGUCUUUAUAAAUGCGUAUGUAUUCCUGGUUGGGCUGGGUCGGAUUGUAGCAUUCCUUUAGAGCAGGAUUGCCAGGAUGAUAUGGAUAAUGAUCACGACGGCAUGGUGGAUUGUUCGGACAGCGAAUGCUGCUCGCAUCCGAGUUGCUCCGAUCACAUAAUGUGCAUAGCCAGCAACGAUCCUGUGGAGGUUUUGCUUCGGAAGCAGCCGCCUUCGGUAACGGCUUCGUUUUACCAAAGAGUUAAGUUCCUCAUUGAGGAGAACUCCGUACAAUCGUACGCUCACAUGGACGAGUACACGGAAAGCCGAGUUGCAGUGAUGAGGGGCCAGGUUGUGACUCCCCAAGGAUUGGGAAUUGUCGGCAUUCGAGUGUCCGUCGAUAAGGAAUCUCGAUUUGGAUUCACCCUAACCAGACAGGGCGGAUGGUUCGACGUUUUAGUAAAUGGCGGCGGGGCAGUUACCCUGCAAUUCCAAAGGUCGCCUUUCAGGCCGAAGACAAUUACAGUUUUCGUUCCAUGGAAUCAAAUAAUAGUCUUGCCACCGGUCCACAUGCAGUUAAGCGAAGAGGCUGAUAUCGGAUUAGAACAAAAGAGUUUCCUCGCAGGAAAUGUAGCGUUGAAUUUCCCUGGAGUUUCUCGCAGUUUCUUCGGACCGAAUAGUGAACUGCCCUUGACCUGUGAGGACCACGAUUCCGAAAUUUUGAACCCUAUUGUCACCGGAACAUGGAUGCCGGAAGCUGUUGGAGGCAUGCAAGGUAAAAGUGUUGUUUUUGCCGAAACGCAAAUCGUUCAAGAAUCCAUAGCAAUACCAGGAUCGGAUCUGCACAUUUUGUAUCAGAGCUCCCAAGCCACAGGAUAUUUGAGUAUCAUAUUUAUGAAAUUGACUGGAUCCACCAUUCCCAGCUCUUUAACUCACGUGCACGUCAGGGUGGAAGUCGAGGGUUCCCUUCACACAAAAACCUACGAGGCCGACCCUAAUUUGAUGCAUACGUUCGCAUGGAACAAACGGAACGUUUACAAGCAAAAAGUGUACGGCAUCGUUCAGGCAAAAGUGUCUAUCGGCUACCAACACAACACGUGCAUCGAUCCCGUUUGGGAGACCUUAACAACCGAUAUUAAAGGUUUCGACGUUGACAUUUCUGAUAUAGGCGGCUGGGGUCUGGACAUCCAUCACCACUACAAUUUUCAUGAAGGAAUACUUCAGAAAGGCGACGGGUCCACUAUACACUUCAAGCAAUACCCUCGUAUGGUCAGAGUUAUUAUGGGAACUGGUCUUCAGAGAGCUUUGAAUUGUCCUGGCCAAUGCGGCGGUCCUGCUAAGGACGCGAAGCUUUUAACGCCAGGGUCACUCGCAACUGGACCGGACGGCAGUAUAUACGUCGGCGAUUUCAAUUUGGUCAGAAGAAUAACUCCUGAAGGGAAUGUCUACACGGUGUUGCAAUUGAGAGCUACUCAGGUAGCAUAUCAAUAUUACCUGACGAUUUCUCCAGCUGAUGGUCGCCUUUACGUAUCAGAUCCAGAAAAGCAUCAAAUUUUGAAAGUUUUAAUGCUACAACCAGUCCAAGAUCCAAGUAUCAACAGCGAACCGGUUGUUGGUAAUGGAGAACGAUGUAUUCCUGGCGAUGAGUCUGCCUGCGGGGACGAAGGCCCUGCAAAACAGGCCAGACUCGCGCAUCCCAAGGGAAUAGCAAUUGCAGUGGAUGGUACCAUGUACAUAGCAGACGGUACUAAUAUUAGAGCUGUUGAUCCCAAAGGUAUCAUUCACACUCUCAUCGGAAACCACGGUCAUCACAACCGAUGGACACCUAUACCCUGUAGAGGAGCCGUCGAGGCUUCGCAGGUGCAGUUACAGUGGCCAACUGGUCUAGCACUGAGUCCCUUAGACGGAUCCCUUCACUUUAUCGACGACAGGUUAAUUUUUAAACUAACAGUAGACCUCAAAGUGAAAGUUGUAGCUGGCACUCCUCUGCAUUGCCACAGAGAGGAUAACUCCACUAAGAUCAACGAAAAUGUUUUGGGCACGGUACUAGCAUUAGCUUUCGCGCCCAACGGAGAUAUUUACGUUGCGGAGUCGGAUUCUCACAGCAUUUACUUUAUCAGAUUAAUAGACACAUCAGGCAAAAUCACCUACUUUGCUGGCAAAAUUCCGGAGAAGUACAGGAAGAAUUGCGAUUGUGCGGUAAAUAAUACAACAGCGAAUCCAAGUCCAUCAUGUUCCUGCUUUGUCCCUGAUGAAACCACCAGCAAUGCAGAAACGUUGUUGUCGUCAAGUGCUCGUUUCCAGGCAAUUUCUGCUCUAGCGGUAUCUCCUGGUGGAGUAUUACAUGUCGCUGAUCAAGGCUCAUUACACAUUUUGUCGUUGGAACAUUACCUUCCUACACACGAUGAAAACGGGGAGUUUCGCAUACCGUAUCCGGCGGUCGGAGAAGUUUACGUGUUCAAUCGAUACGGUCAACACGUUGCGACUAAAGACCUAGCUUCGGACAAGACCCGCUACACGUUCCUUUACUCCAAGAACACGUCCUUCGGCAAACUGUCCACUGUUACCGACAGUUCGGGCAAUAAAAUUCAGUUCCUGAGAGAUUAUAGCAACGCCGUCAGUUCCAUCGAAAACACUCAAGACCACAAGUCCGAGUUGAAAAUUUCAGGAGUGGGAUAUUUGGUGAAACUGAGCGAAAAAGGACGGGCGGAUAUCGAGCUGGAUUACGAUAUGAAUACGGGGCUGCUGGCCAGCAGAUCGGGGGGCAGCGAGACCGUCAUCUAUAAAUAUGAUUGGUUGGGCAGGGUUACGGGAGUCAUUUUACCCAGCGGAGAAACGUUACAAUUAACAUCGAAAAUUUCGGAAAGUGGUAGUUUGGAAGUUUCAGUCAAUCGACCGCCUAGUUUGCUGAGAAUUACCGGAAAAGUCAACAAACAUGUUUUAAUAGUUGAUAAAAAAGAAAUAAUCGACAUUAAAACCUUAACAAACUCGACCGUGGCAUUAAAAACUUCCUAUGAUGGUUCGAUAAAAAUGUGCGCCAUAGCCCGUCAUCCUCUUCUCGAAGCUUCCCUACCCGUCGAAGCUGAGCUGUUGCCUGUUUGGUCUGAACAAACAACAACUUUUGGCGACUCGUUAGAAAACGUUAUGUCCACCUCCUUCAGUUUAGUAGGCGACGUAAGAAAUCCCCAGCAGACCCUCUACAGAGAGAUAUUCGUCAACAACUCCAAGAUCCUGGGCAUCGAAUUCGAUCAAUUCACCAGCAAAGAAACGUUCUUUGAUAUCGACAAGCUUCCUUUAAUAACAAUAACAUACGAUCCAGCCGGUUUGCCUCUUUUAUACACACCGUAUAACGGAGCCGAUUCGUUGAAUAUCACGUACGAUCAUUUCAACAGAAUAGAUAGCUGGAAAUGGGGUGCUUCCGAGUUGAAAUACAGCUACGACAGGCACGGAUUACUCUCCGAAGUGACCAGUCCUUUGGACGGUACCCAAAUAUACGCGUACGACGAUACUAAUAUGCUGGCUAAAAUAACUUUAGCUAGCCAAAGAAGUUACUCAUUGAGUUACGACGACAACGGUGGUUUGAUACAUGUUACCUUACCUAGUGGUACAAGGCAUUCGUUCAGCCUUCAACCAACUAUAGGAUUCAUAAGAGCCACGUACACUCCACCUGGUAGUAAUAAAUCGUACCUGCAACAUUUCGCCAACGAUGGAAGGCUUCUGCAAACAAUCUUCCCUGGAGAAGGAGCCAGAAUUAUUUACAGAUACUACAAUAACGGUAAACUUAAAGAAGUCGUCCACGGCGACGGUAAAACUUUCUAUCAGUAUUCAGAAACGACCGGCUUGCCGAGUCAGGUGAACCACGUAGAGCAAGAUUUGGAGUACAGAUGGGAUUACCAAUUCACAGGAGGUUUAUUGAUGGAAGAACGAAUAGACUUUGGUGCCAAAACUGGUUUGAGCAACGCGAAAUUCACUUACGACUAUGACAAUAAUUACAGACUUAUUACUGCGCAAGGCAGAAUCGGUGGUCAAAAUUUGCCCCUGCACAAUUUGGGGUACAACUAUAAGACUGGGUCUUUAGAGAUGAUAGGACCUUUUAAAAUAAUCAAACUAAGAAUAAACGAAACUAACGUGUACGACGGCACGGCGUUAUUCUCCAGUACUGUUAACUCGAGAUUUUUAGAAACAAGAUUGGCGUUGACAAUUCAUGGAAUGGAGGUGUUCCGUAUGGAAUUCAAUCACGACAUUCAUGGGAGAAUCUCACAAACACGAACUUAUACCAAAAAUGUUGGUGUUAAUACUUACACCAACGUCAAGAAUUAUACUUGGGACUGUGACGGGCAACUUCUAGGAGUUGAGGCGCAGGAACCUUGGGGAUUCAGAUACGAUGACAACGGAAAUAUGCUAUCAUUAACAUACAGAGGCAACACCAUUCCCAUGGAAUACAAUCCAAUGGAUAGAAUCAUCAAGUUUGGUGAAGGACAGUACAAGUAUGAUAGCAGAGGCAUGGUUAUACAAAACGCUAGGGAGGAAAAGUUCCACUACAAUUCAAAAGGUCUUCUGGUACGAGCGAUAAAAAGAAGCAGAUUUGAUGUUAGAUACUUUUAUGAUCACAUGGAUAGACUGUCGGCUAGAAAAGAUAAUUUUGGCAAUGUUACGCAAUUCUUUUACAACAACGCUUUAAACCAUCGCGAGGUGAGUCAGAUUUACUCGCCCAGGGAUGGAAAAUUGAUGUCUUUAGUCUACGACAACAGAGGCCAUUUAAUUUACGCCCAAGUCUACAGACAUAAGUAUUACGUAGCUACAGAUCAGUGCGGUACACCAGUAAUGAUAUUCAAUCAAUACGGCGAAGGUAUAAGGGAAAUAAUGAGAUCGCCUUAUGGACAUAUUGUGUAUGAUUCAAAUCCGUAUCUCUAUCUUCCAAUCGAUUUCUGCGGAGGGAUACUAGAUCAAGUGACUUCGUUGGUUCAUAUGAAAAAUGGUAAAGUUUAUGAUCCUCUGAUAGGCCAAUGGAUGUCUCCAUUAUGGGAAAAUGUUCCUGAAAGAAUACCAACUCCCACUCAUCUGCAUUUGUACAGAUUUAACGGAAACGAUCCUAUUAAUGUUGAGUUGGACAGGAAACGUCCGGAAGACCAUCUAGACUGGUUAAAGAAGAUAGGUUUUAAUCUCAAAAACUUGGCUCCUCAAUUAUACCCAGAUGAUCUUCCUGGUGGUAAAAUGCCCCCUUUUCUUUCUCAUAUGCCAACAUUCUGGAAUCCGUCCACAAAUGGUCUCAACAGACAACUGAACGUGCCGUCUUCCGUUGAGGUGCAUUCAGGGUUUCUGUCCCAUCUGAAUUCCAGGAAAAUGCUAACGGCUAAAGAAUUAUCAGUAUUUUCGAAAUCGGCCCUAAAAACGAACGUCAUAGACUUGGUUCCCAAAAAAAUCGGCUCCGCUUCAGAUCAUCCCUUCGGCAGGGGAAUAUUGGUAUCUCAAACCGAAUCUGCGCAAGCGAUCGUAUCUAGUGUUCCGGCUGCAAAUGCGAUUUAUAGGGACGUCUAUACAUCGGUGUUCAACCGGUCUUAUCUAUUGCCCUUCACUUUUAUUGUACACAGCGCACAAGACGCAUUCCAUUUCGUCAAAGACGAAACAUGGAAAGCCAACGAUGACAAUGGUCAAUUAAAACGUCUUCAAGGACAAGUGAACACAACAUUCCAGGCCAAGGAAAACGGCAGCGGUACAAACUACUUCGAUGUUAGAAUCCACGGAUCAAACGUAGUUAUAAAUUUGCGGUAUGGAACUACAGUUGAGAAGGAGAAACAGCGCUUGCUACAUCACGCUAAGUUAUCGGUAAUUCGUAAAGCUUGGCACAAGGAAAAGGAAUGCUUCAAGAACGGCUUAACGGGGAACAUGGAUUGGAGUGUCAGUGAAUUGGAAGAGCUAUCGAAGGAAGGAUACGUGAGCAACUAUGAAGGAGAGUACAUUCACGACGUUCAACUGUACCCCGAACUGGCCGAAGAUCCGUACAACGUAAAAUUCGUAAAAAAGCAAAUGGAAGCGACGAAGAAACGAAGAAGAAAACGGGAGGCGAAGAAAACUUGUCCAGAUCGUUGGUGGUACGCCUUCACAGAGGCUUGUUAG